GAUGAGUAUUAAGAGAAACCAAAUGUAGCAAUACGUUUAUGUGAAUGGUAAGACAGUGUAACUGGAGCUCAAGGGCGGAAGCCCUACACUUCAUGCAUCUCACCUGAACCUACAUCAUUUAUGAACCCUGGCCAAGUGGUUACCAUGGUGAUACCAUGGCACCCACUGUCUUGACUUAAAGAAACCUUUGUCAGUAUUCAUUUCCCUCACUGGUCUAGUCGUCUUUCGAUAAGGUGACCCUUAUAACUGAGCAGAAUUCACAAAGAACAAGAGCUAUUAUUUGCCAAACUUAGAUUAAUUACAGUCACAGCUACGGUUUCUCAAGCUCACUUCACUGGCUUAUCAGAGAUGGAGUCAUGCAUCUGUUCUUUUCUUAUUAAACUGUAUUAGAGGUCAUUUCAUUGUUUCAGGACCCAAGGCACGGAUUAAUGAAAUACCCCAGGACUUUUCGACAUAAUCUUUUAUUCAUCUCUACUGAAUCUAUGUACAAAUACCACACACAGGAAUUUUAAGAAGUUUCCCUGGACAGAAAGGAGAACAGAGAGGUCUGUGGGUUUUUUGUGGCAUUCUGCCAAUAGAAAGGAUUUACACAAUGAUUUUGGAGUCUAUACCAGGAACAGAGUGGACAUUAGGCAGGAAAACACACAUUCUAUUUACCAUUCUGUUUACCAGUAUGUUUUUGGGAGAAUCCCAGGGAAAACCCACACAGACAGGGGGAGAAAAUGUAAAACUCCAAACACACAAGGGGAGAAUAUGCAAAAUGCCUCACAGACAGUAACCCGAGCUCAGGGAUCCUGUAAGACAUCAGCGCUACCUGGUACACCACCUAUAAUAAACAUUUAAAAAGAAAAUAAUACAGGUUUAGUGCUUCAUUACAUUUAAGGAAGUAUUAAAAACAUGCUGCAUACAUGUUUCAAAAACUGCCCAUAGAUUUUCAUUAUCAAUAAAUUUUGUUUAAAUGGCUUUAGUGUUUAAACAAAACAGAAUUAUGAUAGCUAUAGAUUAGGCUACAAAUGCUGGAGUAUUCUGUUCAGCCUUGUGUUUUAAUUUCUUCAGUAGUUGUGUAUCUACAGUAGGAAUCUAUGAAUGGUUAAUUUUCUAUUGACAUUUCUAGCAACUGCGGAUUUGAGGCAGUUCCUGGUCAAAGUGAGGCAAGGAGCCGUCAGAGUCAUAAAGAUUGUCAUAAGGAGUGAGCAAUUGGUGUUAGGGUCCUACAGAGAGCCAUCUCAGAGCUGGGACCAGGACUACGACCCAUGCGUCCUGCCUCUGUUGGACUCGUCAGAGCCAUGCUACAUCCUGUUCAGGCUGGACACGCAGAACCAGCAGGGCUAUGAGUGGCUCUUCCUCUCCUGGUCUCCAGAUCAGUCACCUGUGCGAUUGAAGAUGGUGUAUGCUGCCACUCGUGCCACACUGAAAAAGGAGUUUGGUGGAAGUCACAUCAAAGACGAACUGUUCGGAACCACACAAGAGGAUGUGUGUUUUCAGGGGUACCUUCGCCACAUGUCCUCUUCCUCCAGCCCUGGUCCCCUCACUGCAGCUGAGCAGGAGCUCCAUCAGAUUAAAGCCACAGAGGAGGAGCGAAGACGAGUCACUGCUCCGGCUGGGAGGGGAAAGACACAGAUUAGUGUGGAGAGUAAGCCGCUGAAUCUGCAGGGAUUGGCGUUCCCGUUACAGGAGGAAGCGAAACGAGCUUUACAGCUACUCAAACAAAGGCGCAUCAACUACAUCCAGCUAAGGCUGGACACUGAGCGAGAGACAAUCGAGCUGGUCCACACCAAUCCUACAGAGAUUCGUGAGCUGCCAUCUCGAAUCCCGGCUGAUGCUCCUCGCUAUCACUUCUUCCUGUAUAAACACUCAUAUCAGGGCCAGAGUGUGGAGGCUGUGGUAUUCAUCUACUCCAUGCCUGGGUACAGCUGUAGCAUCAAGGAGCGGAUGCUCUACUCCAGCUGUAAGAACCGGCUGCUGGAGGAGGUGGAGAGGGAAUACUGCAUAGAGAUCAGUAAGAAGAUGGAAAUAGACAGUGGAGAGAGCUUGACGGAAGAGUACUUAUAUGAAGAAGUUCACCCUAAGCCACAGGCCCUGAAACAAGCCUUUGCCAAGCCAAAGGGCCCUACAGGGAAACGGGGUAACAAGCGUCUGAUCAAGGGAGUAGGGGAGAACGGCGAAGAGAGCUAGGAGCUCUGCGUGAACUGAGACGAAGCCUCCAGAAAUGCUCUCCUACAUCCUGCUGUCUGACUUCUCUUCCUGCCUCCAUUCACACUCCUGUGUUCUUGCUAAAUGUUCUGACACCCAACAAGGCCACAGAUA